AUGAAAACAAUAGGAAAAAUGGUGUUACCAAGUGUUGGAGUACAAUCCACUCCAUUCUCAAUCCACAAAACACACACAACACGACCAACAACAACAACAUAUUCACUUUCAAAUUCAACCAUAAACAUGUCAUCAUCAUUUCCCAAAAACACAAACAGGAAACUUCCAAUUCUUCUAUUUGAUAUCAUGGACACCAUUGUUCGUGACCCUUUCUACAAAGACAUCCCUUCUUUCUUCGGUAUGUCCUUCAACGAACUCAUAGAUUCCAAACACCCAACCGCAUGGUUUCAAUUCGAAAAGGGUCUCAUUGAUGAGAUGGAGCUAGCAAGAAUUUUUUUUAAGGAUGGAAGGGAUUUGGAUUUAGAAGGCCUUAAAACUUGUUUGAGAAAUGGGUAUUCAUACAUAGAAGGGAUUGAACAACUACUUCUAGCCUUAAAGGAAAAUAACUUUGAGAUGCAUGCUUUUACUAAUUAUCCUAUAUGGUAUCAGUUGGUCGAAGACAAAUUAAAGCUAUCAAAAUAUUUAUCUUGGACAUUUUGUUCUUGUGCACAUGGAAAAAGGAAACCAGAUACUGGAUUUUAUAUAGACGCUCUGAAGCAUCUUAAAGUUGAUCCAGCAUAUUGUAUUUUCAUAGAUGACAGGCCAAAAAAUGUGGAGGUAGCAACUGAAGUUGGGAUCAAGGGUGUACAUUUCAAGAAUGUUGAUUUACUUUGCGAAGAACUGUCAUUGAUGGGGAUUGACAUUUAA